GACAGCAGUAUAACAGUUCUCGCAUAAAUUGGACGCCGAUGUAAAUAAUUUUUCUUGGAAGUUUUUCCCGUGGAAAUUGUGCUGAAAAAAGGGGCUUUUCACCGCCAUAGAGGAGAUUUUCCAGAGUCUGGGAUUUUUUUCUCUCUGUCUUGUGGCAAUCUUGGUGGGAAAGAUGCAGCUUCCUGUGGCAAAGGUGGUGCUGGUGGAUUGUCGUGAGGAGCUGAAGAAGUACAAUAUUGAUAUAAAUGAUUACAUGAAAACGGCUGCUGCACCGGAUGCUGCCGCUGCGACUUUUCCCUGCCGCGACUGUAGUUUGAUUUUCCGGACAAAACGCUACCGCAUGAUCCAUGAGACGCGCUUCCACUCGAAGAACUCCACAAAGCUCCAUCAUGAGUGCCCCAAGUGCCCAAAGCGCUUCUACACAACGCAGGAUCGUGAUGAUCACUUCUACAUUCGGCACAGCAAUCAGAAGUAUCAGUGCGAGUUGUGCCCCUUCACGUGUCGCCUCCGCUGUAGGAUGGAACUGCAUCUGGCUGCAAAGCAUCGCACCAGCACCAGUAAGCCGUACGUGUGUCAGUUUUGCGAUAAGAGAUUCUUCAUCCCUCAGAUGCUGCGGAGUCACAUUGUGCGUCAGCAUAAAAGUGAAAGUGAAGCAGCCAAGUUGUCUCCGUACACGUGUCGGCUGUGUAGGCAUAAGAUUAAGCGGAAGGACAUCACGGAUCACAUGCAGCGCCACAAUGAGAUCACCGACAGCAAAUGCAAAAUGUGCGAAUUGCGCUUCCUCACGUCUGAUGACUUGGUUGUGCACACAAAGAGUCAUGGAAGUGAUGUAGCAGAACAGAUUACCUGCUGCUUCUGUGACUUCCAAUCCCCCAAUUCCCUCACCAUGGAUCGGCACAUUGAGGAGGUGCACAUUGAUCCGAAGAAGACCUUUGCAUGCGGGGAAUGCGGGAAGGAAUUCCAGUCAAAGGGAAACCUGAAAUAUCACGAAAAUGUUGCCCAUCGCGCCGAGGUGAAUGCGGAAAUGGUUUUUGAUGAUAUCUUCAAGGGAACAACCCUUGAUUCCGAUGAAGAAGACGACAAACCUGGGAAGGCAAAUAGUAAAAUGAGCGAUGAAUCCAUGGAGGCACUCCAAAAGCAAAUUAACUCAAUAAGUGUCAAUGAAGAUGGGAAUCCCGCCAUGGCAGGUGACUUCAUAAUGAAUGGUGACGAUGAGGAAGAUACCCCCGUUAUAAUAUCCAUUGAUGAAGCUGAAAAACUCCUGGCAAAUCCCGAGAAACUCACAUCACCCGAUGCAACGACUAACCCUCCGGAAAAUCUCAUUGAGCACAUUAAGGAAGAAGUUGAGGAAGAUGUAGAGGAGGAGGAAGAAGAAGAAGAUAAGCAGCUAAAGGAUGAUGAGCAAGAGAAGCAGCCGGAUGUUAAUAAAUCCAGAAGGAUAGUUCCUUUGGAAGAGCUCACCUGCCCAUUUUGCAACAUUCGCUUCGCACGGAGACGCGAAAUAAACAGCCACAAGGCGAGGCAUCGAGAAGAGACAGAUCAUCGUUGUUCGCAGUGCCCACUGAGAUUCCUCGCACGCACCAAGCUGGAUGAGCACGUAAAUGAUAAGCACAAGCAUUCGCCACUUGCUAAAAUGUACAAAUGCUCACUGUGCAGCUACACCACCAAGUCACGCUUCUACAUGAAGUCCCACAACAAGCGGGCACAUCACAAGAAGGCAGCCACCCCAACGCCAAUCCUUGCUGAAUGCAAUGAUAGCAAUGGCAGUGUGGAGGAGAGCGCGAAGAGGAAGAAGAAGCAGCAGCAGCAGGAUAAGUUUAAAUGCGAAAUCUGCGGGAAAGUCCUCAAGACGGCGUACACGCUGAAGAAUCACUGGAACAUGCACAAGAAUCCCCACAAGUGCAACAUCUGCGGCAAAGCAUUCUCAGUUGAGCAGCGCCUGGAGAAUCAUGUGGCAAAGCAUGACAGCAGUAAGGAUAUCUUUUGCAAUUUCUGCCCAAUGAGCUUCCUAACGGCAGCUGAAAUGGAACUCCAUUUGGGCUUAGAGCACGAGCAGGCGAAUAUGAAGAUCGUUACAUGCCCCCACUGCCCGUACAGAACAUCCUUCACGCGUGCCCUGAACAUGCGUAGUCACAUCCGGAAUGUCCACAAAUUGGCACAUUCCUCCACAAUUGUGCGUGACCUGAAGAUGGAACUCCUCGAUGCGGAAGAGAAGAAGUUGUACUGUUUGCAGUGCAAGCGACGCAUGCCAACGGAGGAAGCUCUGGUGCAGCACAUGAAAACCCACGAGAUUGGUGUUGAUGAGGCCCGGAAGGAGCGCAAUCGAUCGAAGAAUCGGAAGAAGAGAGAAGAAAGACAAGCACAAGGCCAGAACGCCGUCAAACCGACUGAAUCAGCGAAAGUUGCGCAACAGAAUGGAACAACAACGGAAGUGGCAACAUCAACACAACCAAUGAGUAUACUUGAGUGCUUCUUUGAAUGUGACAUCUGUGAGAUCUUCUUGGAGAGUGUGAGCACCAUGCGGGAGCAUUUUGUGAUGCAGCACAACAAUCUCAAGCCCUACAAGUGCGAAAUAUGUGAUAAUCGCUUCCCAACAUGGCCUAUUCUGCGACGGCAUCAACGCCUCUCUCACAAGGCACUGCCAACAUUCAUUCCUGAUCGAAUAAUCAUUCAGCAGCAGCAGCGGAAACGACGACGAUCUCCCUCAACGUCCUCCACAAGUUCCACAUCGUCCGGCUCAUCAUCCUCAACGGGUUCCUCAUCGACAUCUUCAACCUCCUCCGGAAGUUCCGGGAACAGAAGUAAAGCCUCCUCCCAGAGUGUUGAUACCGAUGUAUCAGCUGCCCUAGAUCGUGUAGCACCACGCAGUGACGCCACUCCUGCACCGAAGAAGAAGGUCAGCCUCAAAGUAAUGACAUUGACCAACAAGAUCAGCGACAAUGAGUACCAAUGUGACAUCUGUAGGCAAACAUUUGACGCUGAAGAUGCCUUCAAGUCCCACUUCCAGUACCACGACAAUGUUAAUCCCUACAAAUGUGAGCUUUGCUCCAAAAGAUUCGAAGCGUGGACCUCAAUGAAGCGACAUCAGAGCAUCGUACACAAAGGUUACCGAAAUAAUUGUAUCUAGAUCCCAUCAUACUCCCUCCUCCCCUAUCCUCCUAAACCGUUGCAGUACUCUUAACUCUGAAGAAAAUGAAAUAAAGAAUAAAAUAAAGUCACUAAAAGUAA